AGAUGGCGAACGUUCGGGAUAGUGACACAUCUUUGUGGCUCCACAAUAAACUCGGUACUUCGAAUGAUUCGUGGACAAGCGGCUCAAUUUGUACCCAAUUAAAUGCUGAAGUGUUAAAAAAUAUCAAGGAUUGUUUUCCAGAUUUGCAAACGCAAGUGAAAUUGAAAUUAUUGCUAAGUUUCUUUCAUAUCCCGCGCAGAAAUGUUGAGGAGUGGAGAAAUGAGCUUGAAGAGAUUAUUGAGGUGGCAGCUGUGGACUCGGAUCUCUGGGUCGCCAUGCUGGCGGAAACCCUCAAAACAUUCCCCUCAGCUGGUACCCUUAACACCGAGAUAGCAGAGUUUGACGAGACCAGACCGAUAUUCAGUGACAUGAUCAGUGAACUGAGAAGGGCUUUGGCUAAGCAUUCAGAUCUUGGACUGUUACCACUUGAGUGCCUCUAUUUGAAUAAGAAUGCUUUGGUUUCUGUGGUCGGUCAACAACCGAAUCCAGUCAAGCAUUUCACAUUGAAACGCAAGCCUAAGUCAGUGGCACUGCGUACAGAACUGCUGACUAAAGCGACGGAGGUGCAAGCCAACCAGAAGAAGGCCCAGGCCCCCACAGUGCCCGUCCGUAGCAGGGGCAUGCCGCGCAAGAUGACUGAUACAACUCCACUGAAAGGCCUACCGUCCCGAUUCGGUGGCGCUCGUGGUGGAACAUGGCGUGGAGCGGCGCGCCCCCCUCCCCGCGCGGGUAUAAAACUCCUCGACAUCACAGAACAGCCCGCUACACACGCACAGAUCAAGAAGAGGAGGAAGCUUGAAAUGGAGGAAGGCGCAAAGAAAGCAGCUGCCGCGGCGCCACCGUCGCCCCCGCCGCCUGACUACGCCAAAGGACUCAACAAUUAUACUGUUCCCAAGCCCGACGAGAAUACUAAUGCGACAUCAUCAAGUACGACGGAGACGGCGCCGCCCCCCGCGGCAUCCCCCCCACCAGCAGGUCCCCCCGCCGCUACCCCCGCCACCCCCGACACCCCGCCACCCCUCGCCAGCCCGCUACUUGUACAUGGCACAAAUGCGAAGCCGAUAGUGAUAGGUCAACAACCGAAGCUCCUGAUAGCCGGCCCGGCUGGGGGCAAGCCGCUACUGCUGUCCACGCAGAACCUACUCAACACUUCCACAGUCAUACUGCAGCCUGGCGGCAAAGCUGUACUGUUGCAGAAUAUUAAACCUAUGGCGCAGACAGUAGUCCAGCAGACGGCGCGGUCCGUGGUCCCCGCGGUACACUCACAGCCUCCCCUUCAACACCAGAUCGCACAGCCGGUACAGCUACCAGCGAGCGUGCCCCCGUCGGCCCCGCCAGCGCCGGCGGCGGCGCCGGCCGCGCCCGCGCUGCCCGCCGCGCAGGGACAACCCUUACUGCCGCGCAGGGGACUCUCGCUCACGCGUGAACAAAUGUUGGAAGCGCAAGACAUGUUCCGUAACGCGAACCGCGUCACGAGACCCGAGAAGGCGCUUAUACUUGGUUUCAUGGCCGGAUCCAGAGAUAAUCCAUGUCCGAACUUAGGCAACAUAGUAACAAUAAAAUUAUCAGAAAACAUCGAGAAUGUUCUCCAGUCGGACGACACUUACCUCACGAUGCUAUCAGAGAUGCAUUUCCAAAUGAACUACAAUAACGGCCAGUGGACGAGACUCAAGAAGUACAGGCAUAUAGACGGGAUGGUCCCACAAAAGAUACCUCCCGGCUCUACAGUAAUUUCAUCCAAUAACCAGCAACCUAUAGUGUCGAUAGCCAAUCAGAGUGUCAGUUAAGUGUAGUGACCAAAGACAGUGCGUGACGUGCAGUGAUUCAAACAUGGAACAUAAAUUUGCGAGUUUCAUUUCGAAGUAAGUCUGAUGUGUUCUCUUUUUGAAUUUUUUGUUGGUUUCGAAAAAAGAUUCUUUCGAUUAGAGGUUUUAUUGUAUAUGUGAUUGGACCUCUAUGGAUGAGAAACUGUGCAAUAAAUUCCGUGUUCAUAUGAGAAAUUGUUUUGGGUACAUUGGCCAAAUUGGAAGAAACUUUAAAUUUAAUAUUAGUAAGUACAAGUGUACUUUGUUCCCGAUAAUUGUUGAUGAAUCUUAAAAUUUUGUAUGAGAACCUUUCAUAUAAACAAUAACAGUUACUAUUAAAAUAGAACGAAUCCCUCAUAAGUGUGCUUUAGAAAAUUUAAUUGUAAAUUAAAAGAAAGUGAACAGAGAAUACAUAUUGUGUUUACUAAUUAUGUAGUAAUGGUUGACUCAUGUAAUCUUUCUCUAUACUCUAGGGUAUUUCUCUCCAUCCCAUAGAUGUACUGCACUCUUUGUUUUUCUAUCUACGAAUCGCCUUCGUUUCUGACUUUGAGUAUUUCUGCACUAUAUUCUAAAGGACCGUCAUAGUUGUAGAACUAUUUCUAUUGUAGUUUACGCACUAUAUCUGUUAUCAGUCAUCUGAUUUCUUUCAAAGAAAAUGCGAAUGCUAUCCCAGUGUUCUAGACCUAUAUUUUCACAGUUUUCGGCCGGACCUAGUAUGGAAACGGUCUGAAUAUCUGCAUUUCCCUUUUCAUCAAACUAGUGUUUUGGUUUUCGAGAAUGAGGUUUUUACGUGCGCUUUUGGUUCUCAACAAAUUAGUUAUCUGAUC